UUAAAUGUUUUUUAUGUUAGAAUUAUGUAAAUACGCAUGCGCAAAAAAAAAGCGGGAAAAAUUUCUAUUAACAGUUAAAUAGCCUUUAUUUAUUUAUUUACGGUAAUUAGUGAGUGAUUAAUAUAAAAAAGAAGUUUAUUGAGAAUAAGUGAGAAAAAUUUGGGUUGAAAAAAGAUAAAAGGAAUCUGGUAGUAUUUUUUUAAAGGUUUUAAAUCGAUGAAUCACGGACCUUUAAAACGGUAAGACCUUCGAAAUACCUCAAUGUCAUGAUAGUUUUCCUGGAAAGAAGACUAAGUUUUUCUAAGGCAAGAAAUAUUUUUAGAGAAAGUUUUUAACCUGACGUUGACACAUGAAUCCUUGGAGAGAAUAAGAUCCUUUUAUUUUUUUAAAUUCAUGGAUUUUCGGGAACAUGCAAGAUCAAGAUGAAACUGGUCAGUUUUUUAAGGUCUUCUGGUGGGUCAACAUCUCUGUGCGCUUUAGUUUUUUUUAAUAAAAAUUUAUUUCUUCAACGAAAAAUGUUUGAAAAAUUAAUAUCGUUUUUCAAAAAAUCUGGGAUUAAAAAAAAUAAUUCACUGGCGCAAUUAACGACGGAUGAAAAAUGUGAGCUGAAGAAAUUGCAAUCGGUCCCAAAUUUAAAGGAGUACGGAAAAAAGCAUUGUAAUUUUUAUACCUUUGUACCUAUAAGUUGUACGGGUACAAGUGACGGCUACGAUGAAGCGAUAAGCGACGAAGAAAAUGUCGUGGACAAUAGGCUUCGUCAGAAAAUAAUAACCGACGGUCUAUGUAAAAUUUGCUUAGAGUCUUUGCAGUUGAGAAGAAUAUUUUCUUGUAUUACGUGCAAUAAAAUUGUGUGCGCUGAUUGUUUCAGUAAAGUGAUACAUUGUCCGUAUUGUCGCAAUCCAACUAUUUCAAAACGCGAAAGAAAUCUUGAACAGUUUGUUAAUUCUUUGGUGUUGCCAUGCAAGAAUUUUAGCAAUGGGUGUAAUAAACUUAUAAAAAGCAACAACCGCAGAAAUCACGAGUCAGCUUGCCGGUACAAUGACUUGAGAUGUCCGAUUGGUCAUAAAUCAUGUAAAUGGAAUGGACUAACUACCGAAUUGUUGUCGCACUUAAAAGAGCAGCAUCUCAUUGCACCAACCAACGGCUAUGGUUUAACGAUAGUAAUAAAUGAUUUUUGGAAGAAAAUGUCAUUCAAAUCAGAUAUUGAGCACAAAUUUUUGGAAUGCUACCACCAAUUAUUUUACUUAAGAGUAACAUACCAAGGAGGCGUGCUAAGUACGUCCCUAAAAAAACUUAUUUUUUUAACAGACGUGUCAGAUUCAGUAAAAGAAACUUUGAAGCAAUUCAAUGUCAACGUGACAAUAAUAACAGAUAAUACUAAAAAAUAUGAACAAGUUUACCUUAUAAAAGACAAAAGAAGCUCGAAAUUUUUCAUCGACUGCGGACGAUUGCUUGCCGAUGAUAUUUUUGAUUUUAUUAAAGUUGAAUUCAAAAUUUUGUUGACUGAUUAACAUUUUAAGAAGUAUACAGCUUUAUUUAAUUGAUUGUCUUUAUUGAAAAGUCAUACACAUAUUAAGUAUUUUAUUGUUUUAUUGAUACUUUUAACUCACAUUUAAUGUGAACAUCCUAGGUAUUAUUGUUAUUAUUAUU